AUGCACGUCGUUAAACACCCCUGCCCUGACUUUGUUUAUGAUCCCCUUCGCAUCAUCUUGCAAUGCCACCAACUCCACCAUAGUCGGCUCUUGCACACCUUGGAGUCAUUCGCCUUUUGCUCCGAUGACCGCACCAAUCUCAUCACAAAGCACCAUUCCCAUGGCCGACCGCUCGCCUACCCUUACCGCCCCAUCAAAGUAGCAUACAAGGCCCGGAGGCAACCAUGCGACACCCUGAGUUCACAAGGACGGCUUGUCAUCAUCUCCUGGUAG